ACCCCGGACUCGGCCGCCCGGGUCCGGCCGGGCCCGCCCUCUCCCGGGCCGGAGAUUCGGCCCCGUGGCGUCGGACGCCUUCCUGAGCCCGAGGGAGCGAAGCCCUUUCGUGCGGACCGUUUUCCCUGUCCGCAGCGGCCCGCAGGGUGGCGGCUUUCAAAACUUUGCCGGCCGGGAAGGCUCUUGGGUCCGGCUUCUUGGAGCGCGCCAUCCGGGCCUCGGGGCCUCCUUUUUCUGAAACUGACCCAGAAUGCCCAGGGCUUCUGGUCCCGCGUCUCAGUUUAAAGUUCACCGCUUCUUUGGAGCUAUUUUUCUGACCUGCGCUCAACAACUCCCACCCAAACCAAGCCACCACCACCAAGAGUCCAUCUUUGGGCCCCUCCUUUGGAUUCUCGAGCACGGAACUCUCACUCCGCCACACAGGGUCCAGACUAGGUGACAGCAAACAUUUGAGUGAAAGAAUCUUUAUUUGGCGGUGGUGGUGCCGUGAGGAAGACAAUCAUGGAGGAAUGACUGGUCCUCACCCGACCUGAGCCAAUGGCCAACGCAAUGCACGGCCCACGAUACUACGCUAUUUGAUCCACUCCACCCCCCCCCCCCCCGCCCCGCGAUGUUCUUCCUUGUUGGGAUCGCCCGCUUCAGUGGGGCAGAAGAUUCUACAUUACCCUUCUUUGACCCUUCAUCCAGCUCAAGGAAACAAUGGGAUCAACCGCCCUGCUUCUGGUGAAGCUAUUUGCUCCUAAUGCUGAGCAGAUGUACCUUGUUAAUCACUUGAAAGAUAGCCCAGCAGAAGAGAAGAGAAAUGUGCUGGAGGAAAAUGCCAGGAGAGCCCAUGGGGACAUACAAGAUUUGGCAGACCUGAACUCCAGCAAGCCUGAAGCUGUCAUUAUACCGGUUCUGUCUCGGUCCAGGAAGAACCAGAAGCUACGAAUUCCACCUCUGGAAGGUUCACAUUCCCACCAGGGGAGGAGUGAAGAAGCACAGCUGGCCUCGAAUAGGUACAGAGCACUUUCCUUGUCCUGUGUACUGAUUUGCUUGUCUCUCUACUCACAGCUUAUGGAUUAUAAGCUCAUGAUUAUAAGAAGUGUUUGUCUAUUUUGUUGACUGCUUUAUCACCUGCACCAGGAACAUCCUCUGGUAUAUGAAGCCCUUGAUGUAAAUUUGUUGAUAAUGAACGCCCACCAUUUACAAAGCGUCUCCAAAGAGGUUCCCCUACAUAAGGUAUUACAGGCCUAAAGGUGGGGUCGUAGGGGAUUCAUCUGAGGGGAGAUCUUUUUUAGAUAAAGGCUUCCGAGCACAGUUGUUAUAAAAUACAACAUAUAAAAAUUCCCUUUAAAGUCACAUAUUCUCAGGGCAUGUGGGUGGCUCAGUCUGUUAAGCAUCUGCCUUCGGCUCAGAUCAUGAUCCCAGGGUCCCAGAAUCGAGUCCCGCAUUGGGCUCCCUGCUCAGAGGAGAGCCUGCUUCUCCCUCUGUCCCUCACCCCGCUCAUGCUCUCUCUAUCUUACUCUUUUUCUCUCAAAUAAAUAAAUAAAAUCUUAAAAAAAAGGAAAAGUCACACAGCCUCAUUUUCAGUGCCUGGGCUAAAAUCAUUACCGCUCUUUGGUCUGUGACGGCUGUGAGCUGUGAGCUGCUGGGACUAGUUAACACUGUGAUAGAACACACAGCUCGUAGAGCUCCCACUGCCACAUAGUAGAGACAAUUCCUGGAGUGGAGGUGAAGUCCAAUUUUCCUGUGUCGUGUUUCUGUACCCUACAAAACCACACAAAUAGGAAAGAAAGGCAUUUCGGGAUGGGAAACAUGCAGGAAAGAGAAUGUAGCAGGCCUCAAGCUGCUGUCUUUAUUAAGGCCCAUUCAUGAGGUUCAUCCUUGGCGGGCAUCUGGAGCUUGGCCCUUAACCCACUCCCUGACUGAUAAAAAUAGUUCACUCUGCCAAGACUGCACCUGCUUUCCUUCUUUGAGUUUGGGAUUAUGAUCGUUGCUGGGCGGAGGGGACCUACGUGACCAGACACUAUUAAAAACCUUGGGUGCUAAGUCUCUCCCCCGGGGAGAAAGAGUGUACACACUUUAGUGAAUUUUUCACUCCUGGAGAGAGGAACACACUCGUGCGUCUCCUGACUGGUGGGAGGGAGCAUCCGAAGCCUCCAGAUGCUGCCAGUGGCUUUUUCUCUAGUUGAACUUGUCAUGUAUCCUUUCACUGUAAUAAACCUUACCCAUGGGUAUGACUCUCUGCUGAGUCCCCUAAAUUCUAGUGAUCCCUGAAUGUGCGUGUGGUCUUGGGGAUCCCCAAAACACACAUGCUAGCCAGCAUCGUGGUUCCUUUGGUGUGUCUAGUGACAGGGAGUUUGACUUAAGGCCUUGAACGUGUGCAGAGGAUGCAGAAACACAGGGAGGGUGCGGGAAUGUGCCUCUCUCUGAGCUGGAGCUUUGGUCCCAGUCUCGGGUGGGUUUUCUUCCUGGUGGUCCGGCCUGAUCCAUGUGGAGGACUCAUUCGCCGACACAGAGCCUAUAACACUGUGGCACCUUUUGCUGCCACCCCCAAGUGAAUGGAAGGGGAAAAGCAAACAUUUGCCACACUGCCUAGACAGCAGAUCAGAGCGGCCCAAGCCCCCACCUUGGGCUUUCUCAGGGUGAGUGGCCCACAGGCCGUCCUUGUUCUCCAGCUUCAUGGGCCCCAGAGACAAGUGGGCUUGAUUGAACUCUUCCAUUCCAUCAAAGCUCUCUGUCAGCACUCUGGCUCAAAAAUGCCCAAGCUUUUGACCUUCCUAGAAAGGAAUCAUCUAGAAAGGAAUGUAGGGAGCCAAUCUUUCCCUCUCUUACCUCUGCUUUUUUUUUGUAUGUGGUAUGGCGGGGGGUUGGGGCGGGGGAUGGUGUGUGCAGGGCUGCCAGUGAGGAGGACACUUAUGUUCUCUCUACAGACCCAUAUUCUCUCAUAUUUUUUCCUGCCAGUUAACUUGGUGUGCAUAAUAACCAAUAUCAAGGUCACCUUGAGUGCUGUUGUCCCCUAAGGAGAGAUCAUCUUCCCCAACCUCUGCUGUUUGUCUGAAGCAUCCAUCAAGGGUGUGAAAAGAUAAACUGAGGUGUAUUAGUUUUUUUUAAAAAGGUUUUAUUUAUUUGACACAGAGAGUGAGCACAAGCAGGGAGAAGGGCAGAGGGAGAAGGAGAAGCAGACUCACUGCUGAGCAGGGAGCCCGACACGGGACUCGAUUCCAGCACCCUGGGAUCAUGACCUGAACUGAAGGCAGACGCUCAACCGACUGAGCCACCCACGUUUCCCUGUAUUAAAUUUUUUUAAAGAGUUUACUUGAGGGGUGCCUGGGUGGCACAGUCGGCUGAGCAUCUGACUCCUAGUUUUGGCUCAGGUUGUGAUCUCAAGGUCAUGAGAUCGAGCCCUGCUUCAGGCUCUGCGCUCAGCACAGAGUCUACUUGAGAUUCUCUCGCUCCCUCUUCCUCUCCCUUUACCCCUCCUGCCCAUGCUUGCUUGCUCGUCCUCUGGCUCUCUCUCUCAAAUAAAUAAAUAACAGGGGCGCCUGGGUGGCUCAGUUGGUUAAGCGACUGCCUUCGGCUCAGGUCAUGAUCCCGGAGUCCUGGGAUCGAGUCCCACAUCGGGCUCCCGGCUCGGCGGAGAGCCUGCUUCUCCCUCUGACCCUGUCCCCUCUCAUGCUGUUUCUCUCUCUCUCUCUCAAAUAAAUAAAUAAAUAAAAUCUAAAAAUAAAUAAAUAAAUAACAUUACAUUAAAAAAAAGAGUUUAUUUGAGCAAAAAUUGAUUUGAAUCAUAUAGCAUCCAACCUAGCCAGGUAGAAAGGAGCUCCAAGUUGCUGUAUAAGAUGAAAGACCUUUAUAGGUAGGAAGGAAUAGGAACAAGGAAGUUACAUUAGACAAAAUAGAUUAUUUCAAGAUUACUUUCCUUUAGGGGAUGGCAGGGGUCUGUCAGGCAUAUUGCCUAACUAGUGCUGUUCUGGAAAUUCCUGAAUGACUGGUUUGAGAUUCCAUUUCUGGGAGUGCUGAAACUGUAAGUAAAUCUCAUUUAGUGAUGUGGGGCUUAGCAUAAGGAUUCCAUUUUGGGUCUGUGUCUUGCUUAUAACAGGGGUUACCUGAGGAUAUUAUUACUAGCCCUUAGAUCUUGCCCCUAGAAAUUGCUGAACUGUAUAAAGACAGGAUAAUUAAAUUGUAUCUGAAGGCCACAAUAGAAACCACCACUUUGAUCUCCUGUUUUAUUUACUGUUCAAAUUAAUGAUAUGUCUUAUCGAACAGCAUAAUCCAAGUGGUAGAGAGCCAGCCAUAGAAAAUUCUACACAUUUCUAAGUACUGUUUUAGCUACAUCCUACAAAUUUGGAUAUAUGCUAUUUUUGUUAUUGGUUGGUUCUAAAUGUUUUAUAAUUUUUAUGACAAUUUCUUCUGUGACCCAAAAGUUACUUCAAGGAAUUUUUAUUUCUGAACAUUUCAAGUUUUCUAAUCAUCUUUUUUUAUAUUGAAUUUAAACGUAAUUGCAUUAUGAUUAGAGAAAAUGAUCUAUAUCUUCCAGUCCUUUGAAAAGUUGUUAAAACUUGCUUUAUGGCUUAUGGUCCUUUUUUGUAAAUGGUCUGUGAGAUUUUUUAAAAGAUUGUGAAAUCUCUAGUUGUUUGGUGCAGAUUCUCUGUAUGUCCUUUAGAUAAAACACGUAAGUAGUGUUUAAAUCUUAAUAUAGUUUAUCUUUGGUUUUCUUGAGAUAUCAGUUACUAAGAGAUUAGUGUUAAAAUUCCCUCAGUAUGGUAUUGGAUUCAUGUAUUUCUCCUUAUAGUUCAGUAUUACUUAGAAUUAUUUUAAUUACCUACUGAUUUGAAUUUUUUAUCAUUAUGUAGUCACCUUCUUUGUUUCCAGUAAUGCUUUUUGCUUGAGUUCUGUUUUGUCUAACAUUAACAUUUAUUUAUUCCAGCUUGCUUUGGUUAGUGUUCCAUCCAUAUUUCUCCCAUCUUUUUACUUUCGACUUUUCUGCAUCCUUAUGAGUCUUGAAUAACUUAUAUAACUGGAUUUUAAAAAAGCCUUCUGAUGACACCAAAAGCAGGAACAAUAACAUUUUUAUUUUUAUUUUCUACAUUUUUUUAAUAAAAUUUUUUUAAAUGGUAAGAUGGAGUUGAUCGAAAUUUAAAAUUUUGAUCUUUAAAAGAGACCACUAAAAACAUGAAAAGACAAACCACAGACUUGGGGGAAAAUGUUUGUAAAACAUAUAUCUGAUAAAAAACUUAUACCCAGGAUAUAUAAAGAAUUCCUACAACUGAAUAAGAAGACAACCUAAUUACAAUAUUUCUCAAAAAUAGGCAAGAAUUCAUCAUUUGGAAAAUGCAAACUGAAACGAGAUACCAUUACAUACUCAUUAGACAGGCUAAAAUAAAAGAGACUGACAAUUCCAAGGGUUGGUAAGGAUAUGGAGAAACUGGGACCCUCAUAUAUUACUGGUAGAAAUGUAAUGUGAUAGAGCUACUUUGGAGAAGUUUUUUGGUUUUUAUUUAUUUUUAAGAUUUUAUUUAUUUAUAUGACAGAGACAGAGAACACAAGUAGGCAGAGUGGCAGGCAGAGGGAGAGGGAGAAGCAGGCUCCCCACUGAGCAGAGACCCCGAUGUGGGACUUGAUCCCAGAACUCCGGGAUCAUGACCUGAGCCAAAGGCAGACACUUGAUGGACUGAGCCACCCAGGCGCCCCUGGAGUUUUUUUAUAAAGUUAAACAUGUACUAACUAAAUGACCCAGCAUUCCAACUCCUAGGUACCUAAGAGAAAUGGAAAGAUAUGUUCACACCAAGACAUGCAUGUGGAUGAUCAUAGAAGCAUAAUUUGUAGUAGACCCAAACUGGAAACAGUCCACUGUCCAUCGACUACUGAAUGGGUAAAUAAAUGUAUAUUCAUACAAUGGAACAGUACUCAGCAAUGAAAGGGAAUAAAGUACUGAUACAUAUGUGGAAAAAAAAAAAAACAACAUUAUGCUAAGUGAAAGAUGCCAGACAUGUAAGACUACAUAUUGUGUGAUUCCAUUUUUUUAAAAAUAUUUUAUUUAUUUAUUUGAGAGAGGGCACAGAGGGAAAGUGAGAGGGAGAAGCAGACUGCCCACUGAGCAGAGAGCCCAACUCGGGGCUCGAUCCCAGGACCCUGAGAUCAGGACCUGAGCUGAAGGCAGACGCUUAACCGACUGAGCCACCCAGGCACCCCUGUAUGAUUCCAUUUAUAUGAAAUAUCUGGAGAAGACACAACUAUAGAGAUAGAAAAUGGAUCAUUGGCUGCUGAGGGCUGGAGGUGGGAAUGGGGAUUAAUUGCAGGCCCACACGAGGAGUUUUUGUUUUUUGUUUUUUUGGCAUGACAGAGGUACUCCAGGUAUUCUGAUGGCUCAGUUGAUGGAGCAUGCAAUUCUUGAUCUCGGGCUGUGAGUUUGAGCCCCACAUUGGGUGGAGAGAUUACUAAAAAUAAAAUCUUAAAAAAAAGAAGUACUCCAAAACUGGAUUGUGGCAAUGUUUGCACAACUUUGUAACUUUACUAAAACUCAUUGAACUGUACACUCAAACUGGAUGAAUUAAUGAUAUGUAAAUUAGAAGCUAAUAAACUUAUUAAACAUUGUUUUUAAUGUAUACACAAUCUUUGUAUUUUUUAACUGGAGUAUUUAGUCCAUUUAUUCUUUUUGUAAUUAUAGGUAUAUUUGGAUUUUUUCCUGUUGUUUUAUAUUGUGUUUUUUGUAUGUUCUACAUUUUUCAUUUUUUCCUCCUCCUUUCUUGCCUGCCUUUGGAUUAUUUUUUUUCCUAUUCCAUAUUUCUCCCUCUGUUUUUUUAUUUUUUAUUAUUAUUUUUUUAAAUUUCUCCCUCUAUUAACCUGGAAGUGAUACAUUCUACUGCUGUCUUAUAAUGGUUACCUGGAAAUGUCAACAUGCAUACUUACAAAUCGAAGUCUAGAGUUAAUAGCUUUGCCCUUUUCUCAAAUGGCACAAGGAAUUUAGACUACAUUAACUAUAAUAACUCCCUGCUUAUAUCUAUUGCUAAAGUUGUAAUUUUUAACUCCAUAAGACAUUUCUAUUAUUUUACAAAAUCAAUAUUUAAUUACUCACAUAUAUACUUUUUUUUUUUUUUUGGCUGCCGUCCUGUACUAUAUCUCAGACUCUUCAUCCAUGAUAUUUUUCCCAAGAAAUUUUUGUAACAAACGGCAAUAUAUUGUAGUGGUUAACAGCGUGGCUUCCAGAGCCAAACUCCUUUUACUUUUUACACUGCUUUUUAUUUCUGCUUUAUCAUAAGGAAACCGAGGCAGAGAGUUACCCAGCAACAUGCCUAGGGUCACAUUUAGUAAGUUGUAGGGGCAGGAUUUGGACCCACCAACUCCUUAUAUUUAAACCAAUAGCACCCCCUCCACUGUGGAGGGUUUGUAAAAACCCGUGGUCUAAGAAAUCUGUUGGUGGCACAACAGGCCAGAGGCCUUCUCCACUGUCAGCAAAUUUACAUGUAGGUUCAAAUUCCUCCUACAUCUUGAGGUUCAUGAAGUUCAUAAAGAACUCCUCUGUAAAGAUUAACUUUACAAGCAAAUUACAGGUGACUUGAAUUUCAGCCUUAUGAAUGCUUAUAAAAUCAAUUUCUCUGUGUUUCUUGCAUAUUUAUUAUUUUGCUUUAGGUAACUGGAACUGUCUGGCAAAAUUUAUAGGACAGGACUCCUUCCAUAAAAAUCCAAUUCUCUUUCUGGACUCUUUCCACCUUGCUUCCCUUAUUCCUGGGCAGAUCAACCAUAAACCCUUGCUUUAUAAAGCAAAUCACCAAAUUCUCCCCAAUAUAAAGUCACUUAGAUGUUGAUAAACCUCAGGAGAGAUUUUACAAUGGAAUUGGUAAAUGCUGGGUAGAUUUUGAAACCAUCUCUGGUGGAGAGGGUCCUUUCAGCAGAGUGGUUAGCACAGAACAAUCUUCUAGGUCUUCUAGGUUCUCUACGAUCUCCAGAAGGCUUUCUACUGUGUCGCGGGACAGCGUGCUGGAGGCAUUGGCUCUGAACUUCUCCCGCAGGUCCUCCUGGCUCAGUGGCUUCCUCCAAUGGCCGUAGAAGGUAUCCGAGCACUCUGUGAAGGUGGCUCCAUCACUGAGAGUGACAUUUACCUCACAGUAUA